GGCAGCUCAGCGGGCAUUUCGUGAGAGAAAGCAGUCACAGCUAUCUGAGCUACAGGCCAGGGUGCAACAAUACGAGCAAGGGGAGAUCGAGCGGAGCAUUACCCUUCAAAACCUCGGAAAGCGUCUCAAAGACGAAAAUGACCUCCUAAGACAGGAAAAUGAACAGCUCAAAGCAGAAAAUGAAAGGCUUAAGGCUCAUCUUGAAGCCUUAAAGUCCGACCUGGAUACAAGUUCUCCCGGAACAGAGCAGUUGUCGGUGAUGAACACCCCAAAUGAAGCUCGUGGAGGAAAAAGAGAUCGUAAUGAUCGAUCACCUCCCUCGAGGCAGCGCCUCAAACGUCUCAAAACUUCAAACAUGAAUGGCCCUCCACCCCUUUGCCAUACCCCUUCUCAGUAUUCUCCUUCGAGCCACAAUCUACCAUCCCCGAUAAUGAUGGACCUAGAUGAAGAUGAGAUGAGACGUUUCACCACUAAACCACUU